AUGUUCAGCGACCCACGGGAAGCAAAAGAAUAUUAUAGAAGGUGGGAAAAAAAACUUUUUCAACAGUCCGAGAGAAGUUUUUUCAGGAUGUCUGCUUAUUCGGAGCAGGACGAGGAAUAUUUCGAAGAAGAAAUAUCUCCCGAAACUCAGGAGUCUUGGCCAUACUACCGUGAUGAUGGGAUGUACACCAGUACUCCUUCAAGGCAACAUUUUUCUUUUAACUAAAAUGAUAUGGGCUCUACAGGCGUCGAAGGGGUCAUUUAUUUUCACCAUACGAUGCCCCUCAAGGACGGGAACGUUUCCGCGGAAUGGGCGCACCACGGCAAAGAGGGAGGAGCGCACCACAAAAACGAGGGUAAUCCUGUUCUAUUUUCUCACUGUUUUAUCGAAAAACUCCACGCGUCACAGCAGACGUUGAAAUUCCGUCAAAUUUUAAAAACAGCGUAAUCCACUUUCAAUCAAAAAUAUAAAAUUUUAUCUCUAUUUUUCGGCUAAAGAUCGAUUAAGACGCCCACCUCGGUCUGUUCAUGCUGAAACUCUUGCUGAAGAGCCUGAAGCUGGAUUUGAGACCGCAAACCUCUCUCCCUUGGUGGAUACUGUGGGAAGCCCUUCGCCAAACCUGCGAGAAGAACUGA